AGAUUGUGGACGCAGUUGCGCCAUCUCUCAUGUUCAUGGACAAUUUUUGCACACAAAGAAAGAAGAUCAGCUUGACGGCUUCAAGUGAAAAUCUCCACACUUCUCCCAUCCUAUACAUAAGCUCUCUCGAGGUGCCUCUCGCCCUCGCACCUCACCGUAGCACCGUAAAGCGUGUCAGCCAACCAUGUCGCCGCCGUCGUCAGAGCCGCGCGUGGUGGAAGACAUCCGCGGCCUGGUGCAGCUGAUGAGCGACGGCACGGUGCGGCGCAGCGCCGACCCGGCGUCGUUCCCCGUGGUGGACGCCGACGACACGGACGGCGACGACGGCAGCGGCGUGGAGUGGAAGGACGUGACGUGGGAGCGGGAGCACGACCUCAACGCGCGCCUCUACCAGCCGCGCCACCUCGGCGCGGCCAACGACGCGCGGAUCCCCGUGGUGGCCUACUUCCACGGCGGCGGCGCCGGCGGCGGGUUCUUCUGCCUGGGCUCGGGGCGCUGGCCGGGGCCCCACGGGUGGUGCCUCCGCCUCGCCGCGGAGCUCCCCGCCGUCGUGCUCUCAUUCGACUACCGCCUCGCGCCCGAGCACCGCCUCCCCGCCGCGCAGGAGGACGGCGAGGAGGCCAUGGCCUGGCUCCGCGCGCAUGCCGCCCACGACCCCUGGCUCGCCGACGCCGCGGACUUCGCGCGCGUCUUCGUCGCCGGCGCCUCGGCCGGCGGCAACAUCGCGCACCAUGUCGUGGCCAGGUUCGGCAAGACCGGCCUCGGCCCGCCGGUCCGGAUCCGCGGGUCCGUCCUCCUGACGCCGGCCAUGGCCGGCGCGGCCCGGACGCGUGCCGAGGCGGCGCCGCCCGACCCGAACGCGGCCCUCACCACCGACAUGAUCGACCGGUACGCGCGCCUCUUCCUGCCGCCGGGCGAGACCAGGGACCACCCGGCGAUCAACCUGUCCGGGCCGGAGGCGCCGGCGCUGGGGGCCGUGGCGACGCCUCCCCUGCUCGUGGUCGCGGCGGAGCGCGACGUGCUCCGGGACCGGCACGCGCAGUACGCGCGGCGGAUCAAGGAGGGGUGGGGCAAGGAGGUGGAGUACGCGGAGCUCGCCGGGGUCGGGCACGGGUUCUCGGAGGCCGACGACCCGUGGACGCCGCGCGCCGACGAGCUCGUCCGCCUCGUCCGGCGGUUCGUCGUCGCGCAUAUGGACGCGGAGUAGGUCCGUACCACGGGACGGGACUAGCUAGCUCUAGCUGCUGCUAGCUGGAUCAGUAAUGGCGUGCGUACGUGCCACGGCAUGGAUGGAGGAAUUCCGGUGGUUGAUUGACAUCUGGAUUAGGACGGUUUAAUUGUUGAUUGCUUGAUUUCUUGUUCAUCUUUGCUUCGUUCAAGUUCCUCAAGCGAUUUAAGCUCGUCGUUUUCUUCA